AUGUUCUCCCCUCCACUCCCUCAAUCCUUAGUCGUUCCCAACGAAAUUCCACCUGAAGAACCAGACGAUACACCGCUUCCGGGGUUGCCUAUCAGCGACCUCGAUGGCCCACUUAACCUCCCUGGUCUGGUGUUCGGUGCAGCGACUUUUUCCAAUUUUUACAACGCAGACAGUCAUCUUACAAGCUUGACUCCCGUACGAACGACUCGACUUGCUCUGAGAUAUGGUAUUUGCGCGUUCGAUACUUCAAUAUACUAUGGUCCCUCGGAAGUGGUCCUUGGUAAUGCACUGAAAGUACUCGAGAAAGAAUUCCCUAGAUCGUCUUAUCGAUUAUUUACUAAGUGUGGUCGACUUGGCGGCUCCUCUUUUGACUAUAGCCCAAGCGCAAUCCGAAAAAGUGUCAAGAAGAGCUUAGAAAGGCUACAGACGGACUAUCUCGAUGUAGUAUACCUGCACGACUCAGAGUUCGUUGCGAGUGAAGUGACACCAAGGAAAACGGGCCAACACGCACUUGCGUUGACGGAUGAGAGAGGGGAGUAUGGCUUAAGAGUGGGGGACGAAGGAGUUGUACAUGGAGACGGCGAUCAGAAAAUUCUGGAAGCCUUUGCUGAGUUGAGGCAAAUGAAAAAAGAGGGUUUGGUCAAGUAUAUCGGGCUUACUGCAUAUCCUGUGCCGACCCUCCUGCGACUGUCUUUACUCAUUCUACAUACCGCACCCUUCGAGCCCGUAGACGUGGUCAUGUCGUACUCUCAUCUUACCCUCCAAAACACCCUCUUUGCGGACUUUGCGUCCCAAUUCCGCGAAAGAGCUCGCGUGGGUCAACUUUUAAAUGCUUCCCCACUCAGCAUGGGUCUUCUUUCCCAGUCUAUCCCUCCCUGGCAUCCAGCACCGGUUGAAUUGCGCAAUGCCAUUGACCAGGCACGGAAUGUCUCUGGAGGCGAUAUCGUUGAUGUUUCUCUUGGUUAUGCGAUGAGGAAAUGUGAAGAGCUCGGUAUGCCUUUGGUGACGGGGCUUAGCAACACGAAGGAGGUACACGAUUGUGUCAGGGUAUGGAGAGAAGUGAGAGCUGGUAUCGAUCAAGAAGAGAGGCUGGUGAAGGAGCAGAAAAUGAGAGAAAUCCUGAGAGACGCGGGGGUUUUGGACUGGUCAUGGUCUUCCCCGUGA